UAAGUUUAGUCGCCUGCUUUGCUUGAGCUCAUGCUAAGUAUUGGAGUGGAGUAUGGCAGUGAUUGCAAGUUCAUAUAGGUAUAUAUUUAUACAUAUGUAUAUAUGUGUGUGUGUGUAGUUGAGUUCCAUCCUGUGUGGCUGGUUAGGUAGCUGGUGAUGAUAAAUUUUGAGUAAUAAGUAAAUACAUAUAAAUAUAUAUCUAGUAAAGUCGGACUGGUCCUGAGUGGUCCAAUUGUGGGCACAAAAGUCUUUGUAUAAUAGAGCGAUAAAGGGAGAGAGAAAGAGAGAGUGAAUAGAAGGAGAGGCCGAGGGAGAUGAUGAUGUUGAAAAUACAUGCGUGAAAAAUUGAAAGGAAGUGCGAUAAAAUGGCGUCAACAUCAUGCAACACGUCAUGAAGAUCGUGGAGGAAGUGAAGGGGGAAAAAGUGUGGACACGAAAUAAAAGACGAUAAAUAAAUAUAAUUAUAUUAUAGGGAUAAUUGAGGGCUCGCUGUGUGACUGAGUGUCCAAUAGGAGCGGCGUCGCUGCCAGACAGACAUUUUUUAAAAUACCACCAUCUACUUGUUUCAAGUGUCACGAUCAUGUCUUGAUCAACUUGUGCACCAGUGCGGCUCCUUAUUUUCUUGUUUUAUUUUUUAUUUUAUUUUUAUUAUUUGACAUUGUCAUCGGUCUAGAUAUUUUUAUAUCACUGGAACCUCGGUAUCGUCACAGUGCUGAUGCUGACAUUGGAGGACUUUUUUAUUGGCACCAGUUCCAAGGUACCAAUAAAUAAACGAUAACAAUUACGUUUGACUUGUGUCCUCGGUUUUUUUAAAUUUCAUUGACGUAAACUUUUAUCACCAGCUACAGUUUCAUUUUUUUUUACUUUAUCGAUAUCUGCUACUACUACUACUACUACUAUUAUUAUUUUUUUAUUACUGUUACAGCUACAUGAUAGUUAAAGUAAUAACACAUAAACUUUAAAUAAUGCGUGAAUUCAAAGUCGUGGUACUUGGUUCGGGUGGGGUGGGCAAAAGUGCUCUCACCGUGCAAUUUGUAUCCGGAUGUUUUAUGGAAAAAUAUGACCCGACAAUCGAAGACUUUUAUAGAAAAGAAAUCGAAGUCGACAACUCCCCGUGUGUGCUCGAGAUCCUGGACACCGCGGGAACGGAGCAGUUCGCGAGUAUGCGGGACCUGUACAUAAAAAACGGGCAGGGAUUUGUGGUGGUCUACAGCCUGACGAACCACCAGACUUUCCAGGACAUAAAGGCCAUGAAGGAGCUGAUCACGCGGGUGAAGGGGACCGAGCGGGUACCGGUGCUGCUGGUCGCCAACAAACUCGACCUCGAGCACCAGCGGGAGGUCGACACCGCCGAGGGAAAUGCCCUCGCUGAACUCUGGGGAUGUCCCUUCGUCGAGGCUUCUGCUAAAAACCGGACCAACGUCAACGAAGUGUUCGCUGAAAUAGUAAGAGAGAUGAACUUUAGUCCGGAAAAGGAAAAAAAAAGCUAUUGCUGUUGCAGUGUCCUUUAAUACUUAAUCAAAAGCCUGUAAUUAUGGCCAGACUGAUGAUACUUUUAACUGCAAGGCUACCGUGGAGAUGAUUAUGGUUAUUAAUUAAUUUAUAAUUACUUAUUAACGAUUAAUAUUACAGUAACAGUAACGAUAAUUAAUUUUAUUUUACACUUAUCGGCCGUAAAAAAACUUUUUCUCUCGCUGACAGGAAGUGCGCUGUGAAAAAAAAUUUAAAAAACCAACAAAAUUUAUUAUUAUUCCUAUUAUUUUUAUUUGAAUUUUAUUUUAAAUAUUAACUUGUAACUUUGAAUGUUUAUCGUUGACGACGAGGUUCGCCCGGGAGAUAAAAUUUAAUUUUUUUAUUCGACUAGAUAAAUUUAAAUUUAUAAAGUAAAAUAAAGUGGAAACUGAGCCACUUGCUGAAUAUUUUAAUAAUUAAAAUUAUAGUAUUACAUGUAAUUAUCCCUGUAAAUUUAUUAUUAUAAGUGCUGAUUUAAAACAAAUGAUAGUGAAAAAAAUAAUAAUUAAUUAACAUGAGGGUUUAAUGUUUAUGAAGACGAGGACAGCUUAUGAUAAUCAAGGACCAAUGCACAGAACUUUUCAAUUUAACCAACUGAUAAACCGUAAUUUCGUACGCGUGAUAAUUACAUAUAUUUUUUUUUAAAUAUGCGGAAGUGGACUAAAUUUGUUUUCGUUUUAAUUUUGUUUCGCUCAAACGACUUUCGUUUUUAAAUUUAUUUAAAUUUAAAAAACUUGUUUGCGAAUUAAAAAUACUUUUUUUAUCUUCAAUUAAUUAAUUCGUAUUUAUUUUUCAUUAACUUGUAACACUUUUGUUUAAAAAGUAUUAAAUAUUUUUCAAUGAAUUUUUUUGUGAAUUUGUAAUAAUUCCUACUCCACAAUGGAUACGCCGACGAAUUAUAUUAUUAUUAUAAUAAUAAUAAAUAUAUAUAUUAUACAUAUUUAUAAAUAAGGUGCUGAUUAGAUAAUGAAGCAAGCUGGAGAAGCUACAGGCGAUGAAGGAUUUAGAGCUUUGUGUAAAAAGAUUAACAACAAAUAAUAUUAAUAUUAUUAUUAUUAAAUGUAUGACGGACUUUUUAUUACUUGACGUGUAAAUAAGUGCUCUAUUAAAAAAAAAUACUGUUGUCCUUGUAUGUUAUCGAAUCUUUUAGAGGAAACUUUUUUUAUAACUUAAGAUUGCGAAUAAAUUUAUUAUUUUAUUUUUACCACGUAAACGUCAACAGUCAAUGGAUUUUUGUCCACUUGUAUCUCUGUUUAGAAUUAAGGACUAAGGAGUUAAUUUUAUUACCGAUUAUUAAUUACAAUAAAAAAUAUAUAUAUGCAUUUAUAUAUAUAUAUUGGAUAUUAAAUAAUAAAUAGUAUGCACCGAAAUGGAGUCUGUACACAGAAAAAAAAAGGAUUUCUUGAGGCAAGAAAUUUUUGAAUUAUGAAUUAAAAACAGAAAUUGUUCUUAGGACUUAAAAAAAAUUUUUGAUACAAGAAAUUUUUUGUUAACCCAGAAAAUUUCUUGUAGUAAAAAAAUUUGUCUAGUCCUAAGAAAAUUUUUACUUCCAUUCUUAAUGCGAAAAAUUUUCUUGGGGCGAGAAAAAAAUUUGUCUACUUCUAAGAAAAUUUUUGGCUUCAAUUCUUGAUGCAAAAAAUUUAUUAGGACAAAAAAAAAUUUACUUGGGGCGAGAAAAAAAUUUCUUGUAUAAAAAAAAAUUUGUCUACUCCUAAGAAAAUUUUUGGUUUCAAUUCUUGAUGCAAUAAAUUUCUUGGAACGAAAAAAAAUUCUCUUAGGGCGAGGAAAAAAUUUCUUGAAUCAAAAAAAUUUGUCUACUCAAUAAAAUUUUUAAUUCUCUUGGGGAGAGAAAAAAUUUCUUGCAUUAAAAAAAAUUUGUCUACUCCUGAGAAAAUUUUUGGUUUUAAUUCUUGAUGCAAAAAAUUUUCUUGGAGGAGUAAAAAUUUUUUGCACCAAGAAAUUAUUUUUUUGUGUAGUUUUGUAAUACAAAAUUAUCAAUGAUAAUUUAAUUAAUUGUUCUUAAUGUUUAUACGAUUGUUUUAAGAUUUGAUAAUAAUAAUAAUAAUAAUAUUUAAUAAAUAAUGAACAUUAUGUCUUAUUAUUAUUAUCAUUAUUAAUAUUAUUUAAAAUAAAAAUAAUACAUAAGGAACAGAUAUUAAAUUAUCUGUGUGCCUCUUGCAUGUUGUAUAAAACUGUACUUGUAAAGUCAAUGAGUCAUCGUUAUAAAGUCCACAUAAUCUACGUUUCAUGAACACUAUGAAAAAAAAAUAAGUAAACUAAAUAAUAAAUAAUAAACAAUAAAAAUUAAAAGGGAAAAGUAGUUCGUGUUAUAGAAAUUAAAAUUUUUAUAAAUAACUUUUAAUUGUAUGUAAAAAAAUCAAUAACUUAAAAAAAAUGUAUGAGCUAAAGGAAGUAUACAAUAUCCGCUUAAUAAUAAAUUUUUUAUUUGUUUUAAUAUCAACAAAAAAAAAUGCACAUUUUACAGACUUCUAGGAUACUCAGCAAUGAAAAAAAAAAAUAAAAAAAAAAUAGAAAUAAUAAUAAUUAAAAAAAAAAUAUAUAAAUAAGGGUAUAGCAGUAUGGGGAUUUAUAUAUUUCUACAAUGAACUCAUUAGAUUUAAAUAAUCUGAUUACCAUUAAUUUAUAUUAUUAAAUUCGAAAGGUAAAAUAAAAAAAAAAAUUUAAUAAUAUUUUUCUAGCGACACCGCGAAUUAAUUGCGUGCAACAAAUAGACGGAGUAAGUUUAUGAAAAAAAAAAAAUUAAAUAAAAUUAUACUAGCAUAUCACGCGGUCGAUGUUUAUAAUAAUUAGUGAUCAGGAUUUUCCUACCUGCCAAUUUUUAAAUAUAUAAAUAUAUAUAUCGACAACCAGUCGAUAGUAUGUGUGAAUGUAUUUGAUACUUGUAACAAAAUUGCGACUAAUUGGAACAAACAAAGUUUAAUAAAAUGGAAAUUAAGUUUA